GAGAGAGAGAGAAGGGGGGGAUUGCAUGCUUAAUAUUUCAUAUCAUGUCAAACAGUACUCUUUUUCAUAGACAAAGCUCAUGCAAUUGUUGUUAAUUGAUGAUAGUUUCAUGCAGUUCAUGCCUUGUUAAAUUGUAUUAAUAUUCCCUUGAGAAAAAAAACUUAAUCUUGAAUUCACAUCACCAUCACCAUCACCAUUUUGGAGAAGAGCAGAGAUGGGGAGGCCCCCUUGCUGCGACAAAGCCAACGUGAAACGAGGGCCGUGGACGCCUGAGGAAGACGCCAAGAUCCUCGCCUACGUAGCCAGCCACGGCAUUGGCAACUGGACCUUAGUCCCUCAGAAAGCAGGCCUUAAUAGAUGUGGCAAGAGCUGCAGACUUAGAUGGACUAACUAUCUCCGCCCCGAUCUCAAACACGACGGCUUCACCCCCGAAGAGGAAGACUGCAUUCUUGAAAUGCACAAGACCAUUGGCAGCAGGUGGUCUCUGAUAGCUAGGCGGCUUCCCGGGAGAACAGACAACGACGUGAAGAACUACUGGAACACGAAGCUGAAGAAGAAGCUGACCAAGAUGGGGAUUGAUCCCAUCACACACAAGCCUUUUUCUCAGCUGUUUAGUGAGUAUGGGAGGAUCAGUGGCUCCCCCAUCACCAGGAACAGGAACCCUUUUCUCCAGACCCAAACGGGCCGUUGGGUCCAAGGGAACAACGAGCCUCAGAAGAUCGAUCACUUCACCAGCUACGACGUUGUGUUUGCUCAAGAAAAUGUUGUGCAGCCUUGUGUGUUCAAUGAGGCCUCCUCCUCUGCCUCUGCCUCUGCUGCUGCUCUGUUUUCUUCGAGUUUCUCGUGUGAGGCCUCCCGGGCUCCAACCGUGCCCGCCUCUCCGUUUUCGUGCAACGAGGAAUACAUUGUGGAGUGCAAGAAUGUGGAGAUGCUGGGAUUAGGUUUAGGUAAUGAGGGUGUUGCAUUGCAAGAAGAUGGGAAUCUUGUUAGUGAGAAUGAGGUUUGUGUUGACAAGAGUGAAUCUGCUGCAGAUACAUUUGUUGAAGACAUGUUGGCACGUGACAUGGAGAUUAGGCUGCAGUUUCCUGAGAUUUUUGAUGAAAACUAUGAUUAUUGAUCUUGUGAAAAAAGGUUUGGUACAAAAUUUGCAUGAUUAGGAAACACAUAGAGAGUUUCAAUUUGAUGAUGGUGUAGACAAGUGGUUCUGCAUAUAGGAUAUGAGGCUGUUUUGCAUUUUGCAUUUCUACUUUAUUGUUACAUGUCACGUGUAUAAGAUGAUACUGUGAAUAAAUGAAUGGUGUGAAUUUUAAGUGUCUAGAGAGAGACACAAU